UUGCGAUUUUUUGCAGGUGAAAUUUCGGUUGUGACUUUUUGACACUAAUAAGUGACAGAAGAAUGACACUUACAGUAUUCGGUGACUUCUAGCGAUAAAAAAAAAACACAGUUUGGAAGAAAACUGAUUGUAGUUUUCAGGUGAUGACGACGACUGGGAUCCGAGGGAUCAGACGCAAAAAGUCGACCUUGUCCGAGGUCAAGUUGGUCGUUUUCGGGGCUCCAGGCGUGGGAAAAACAGCUUUGACUGUCCGGUUCCUGACGAAAAGGUACAUCGGGGAAUAUGACCACCAAUCAGAUAAUCGGUACAAGCACGAAGCUUUGGUGGAUGCCGAACCAGUGAUUUUUGAAAUCACUGACGUUUGCUGCAAGGCAAGUGAAAAGAAAUCCAACUUUGUUCCCAUUCUCAAAAAAAAGGGAGAAAACUCUUGA